AUGGGGUUCCUUCCUCAUUGGAUUACUUUAAUUCAGACCUGCCUCCAGUCUAUAUCCUAUUCUAUACUUGUAAAUGGGGAGACUCAAGAGUCCUUUUUGCCUUCAAGGGGCCUUAGGCAAGGGGACCCAUUGUCCCCUUACCUUUUCAUCUUAUGUGCAGAAGCCCUCACUGCACUUUUAAACCAAGCUGAAGCCUGUGGUGGUUUGACUCCUGUCCCUAUUGGAAGAAGUUCAAUAUCAGUGAACCAUCUCUUUUUUGUAGAUGACAGUCUGCUCUUCUGCCAAGCUAAAGCUGAGGAACUCAGCCAUGUGCUCAACAUACUUGACAUAUAUGAGAAGGCCUCAGGACAGGUGAUAAACAAAGACAAGUCCUCUAUUUUCUUUAGUAGAAACACUGGCCAGGCAGCUCAACAACAAAUUUUGGAGCUCACAGGGGUUAAAUCAUCUGGCACUCUUGAAAGAUACUUGGGACUUCCUGCAUUGGUGGGCAGAGCAAAGGUGGCAUCCUUUCAUACUCUUAUUGAUAGAACUUGGAGUCGAGUUUCCAACUGGAAAAACAAAUUCCUCUUUGUAGCAGGUAAGGAAGUCCUCCUCAAAGCAGUUCUUCAAGCCAUUCCCACCUAUGCUAUGGGUCUCAUAUGGAGGGUGGGGAAUGGCCAACAUGUUAACAUAUGGUCAGCUAAAUGGCUACCUUUUUCACCUCCAUAUAAGAUUCAGUCUAUCCGAGAGGUGGAUUGUUGGUGUGAAAAGGUUUGUGAUCUGAUUGACCCCCAAAUGCAGCAAUGGAAGGAACCCCUCCUACAAGAGCUAUUCACCCAGCAAGAAAUAACUGAUAUUAAAUCAAUACCGAUUAACAUGAGGGGGAGAGAAGACAAAUUAGUGUGGCAAUUCACUACAAAUGGGCUUUACACUGUCAAGAGUGGGUACCAUCUCAGUAAAGUGUUGGAGUGUGCUCAGGAAGGGGAGACCUUAAGUAAAGAAAAAGAAAAACAGGCUUGGAAAACUAUUUGGAAGCUAAGAGUAACCCCUGCUACCAAGAUGUUCUUAUGGAGAGCAUGCAAUGAGGCUUUACCAACUCUAGCAAACCUAAGAAGGAGGAAAGUGGUGGAACACAGCUCAUGCUUGACCUGCAAGCAGGAGGCAGAAACCUCUGGACAUGUUCUGUGGGGAUGUAUUGCUGCUAAAGAGGUGUGGGGUCAGGGAGUGAAAAAGGUGCAAAAGCUAUCCGUGCAAAGUGAUCUGAUUUUUGAUAUCUAG